UUGUUGUCAAAAUGUAGCCACAAAUUUGACGAGCGUGCCACGAGAUGGAGCUGCCCGCCGCAAUCACAUUGUUAACCUGCUGCCAGCUGCUGUUGCUGUUGCUGCUGCCGACGCCAGCCCAGCUCCAGCACUAUUAUCCGCACAGGCGCCUCUACUAUGAUGCGCCGCCACGUCUGCGCCGUCUGGAGUAUGUGGCCGCGCCCUAUGUGGGCGGCUAUGUGGCGCCGCCUGCUGCACACUAUCAACAGCAGACGCCCAAUUUCCAGCUGAUCAACUAUCGCGCCAGCUACCAGCCGCUGGCCCUGGAGUACCAGCAACAGCAGCCACCGGCACCAGCACCGCCAGCGCCAGCUGCUGCCUUGCCUGCCCUCUAUCCACAGUCCAGUGUGCAGUAUGUGCAGCGCUCUGCGGCGCCGCAAGCGGAGCUGGCCAAGUAUCGCUAUGAGGGCAACUAUAUGCCCAUGCAGCAGCGGGUGCCAGUUGCAGCUCCUUCGCCGACCAUACAGCGGCAGCAGCAGCAGCAGCAGCAACAACAGCAGCUGCAGCAGCAUCUAGAGGAUCAGCUGUAUAAUGUGCCGCCUGCCCUGUUCACCAGCGAUGUGUUGCAUGUGGUGCCCGCGCGUGCCCAGCAGCAACAACAGCAACAAUUGCAGCAGCAGCAGCAACUGCAACUGGGGCAACGCACCCGUCGCUAUGCAUCCAAGCAGGCUGCGGAUGCGGUGGCCGCGGAGUCCAGAACGCGCACGGAGCGACCCACAAAGGAAUCCAAAUAUUUUCACGACAUCCUGAUGAGAUUUGAUGGACCCCAUGGACGCAGUCAUGGACAUGUGGUGGAGCAUCCCAAACUGCGGGAGCGACGCUUUGAAACGCAACGCGGCACAAAUCGUUACAAGGGCGAGGUGAUCUGGACGGAUCGUCGAGGUGGUCAUGGCGAGCAUCGCUGGGACUUGGCGCAGGGCAAACUCUGAGCUCAAACAAUUUGCAUAAAC